UAGAAUUUUCUUGAAUAGUGAAAUGUAAUAUCUUCCAUGAUAAGAGUUGUUUACUAUUUCUCAAUUGUCAUUUAACAUUAUUUAAGAAAUCAGAAUUCAGAUUCUAUAUAGUAUUCUAAAUUUUAGAUUUCUUUAAGUCAAUGUUUUUAAUGUUAAUUGAAGUUACCUUCGCAAGCUAGUGAUCUACGUUUCGUUAUUUGUUUGUUUGAUAGAACAAAUUAUAUUUACAUCUGAAUCUAUUUAAUCAAGAUGUUUCAUGAACAUGCCCCUGAACGUAAUAAAGAAUCAAUCUUAUCGUCUCUGAAAAAUUGUAUGGACCCAUCUGGUGGUAGCUUAUUGGAAAUAUCUUCUGGAAGUGGUCAGCAUAUAUCAUAUUUUGCAGCACAUUUUCCAAAUAUUGAGUUUCAGCCAACUGAAAUUAAUAGAAGACUUUUUGAGACCAUAAAUGCUUGCACACAUAAUUUGUCAAAUGUAUUACCAGCAAAAUAUUUGGAUGUAUCUUCUGAUCCAUCUGUGUGGCUUGGUGGUCAAUUGAUGAAUACACAAUACGAUUAUAUACUGAACAUAAACACGUUGCAUGUAUCUAAUUUUAAAUGUACAGAAGGAUUGUUUAGAGGCAGCUGUUGUGCAUUAAAGCCAAAAGAAACAGGAGCAAUCAUCAUGCAGUCGGUCGGUGAAUUUAGAUUGGCAGUAUCUGAGGUACUCUUGUACUCGGCCAUUAUUUCUGUUGUGGUUUUUUGGUGCAGCUGCAAAUGGAAUAAUAGACACAUCAAUAAAUUGGACUCGAAAAUGAAAGGUCCCCCGGCAUACCCUAUCAUUGGCUCAGCACUAGAGCUUCUUGGCACUCCCGAACAGGUUAUAAAUGUAUUACUGGGAUUUUACAAUAAUUACGGAUCGGAGCCUUUUAAAGUAUGGUUAGGUCCUUUUUUCGGAGUGUACAUUAUUAAACCAGAAGACGUACAAAUUGUGUUAAAUAAUUCAAAGGCUUUACAAAAGGACAGGUUUUAUGAAUUUAUCAAGAAUAUUUUUGGUGAAGGCUUACUAACUGCACCAGUUGAUAAAUGGCGGAAACACCGUCGGCUUAUUACUCCUUUAUUUAAUGCCAACCUACUAAGUCAGUUUUUUCCUGUAUUUAAUGAGAAAAACAAGAUUCUCAUUAGAAAUCUAAAAAAGGAAUUAGGCAAAACACAACCAUUUGACCUUUGGGACUACAUUGCACCUACUACUCUUAAUUUAAUAUGUCAAAAUGCAAUGGGUUACAAUCUUGACAGUCAUUCACAAUGUGGAUCUGAAUUCGAAAAAGCUAUGAUCAAAGCAUCAGAAUUAGAUUCAAUAAGGAUUUACAAACCAUGGUUGUUUCCAAAUAUUUUUUUCUCUUUAUUUCUUAGACUUCAAGGACAAUCUAAUGUUUUUAAAACUUUGAAAAAACUACCAUUAAAGAUGAUCAAUGAAAAAAAAGAAGUUUUUGCACAAAAGAAAAUAGUAAAAGAAACGAUUGUCAUGAAUAAUACCGAUGGAGAAAAAAAAAAUUUAAAAGUAUUCUUGGACACUUUAUUUGAAUUGAACGAAACCGGUGCGAACUUUUCUGAUAAUGAUAUUCUUGAUGAGGUGGUUACAAUGAUGAUAGGUGGUAGUGAAACCAGUGCUAUUACACUAUGUUUUUCUCUUUUAUUAUUAGCUAUCCAUCCUGAUAUCCAAAAUAAAGUUUACGAUGAAAUUUACGACGUAUUAGGUGAUGGAGAUCAAACAAUUACUACUGAAGACACUAUUAAACUUGUGUACUUAGAACAAGUCUUAAAAGAAACCCUUAGAUUAUUUCCAGUAUUACCAUUAGUAAUUAGAAAACUCCAAGAUGAUGUUAAAAUUAUUUCUGGUAAUCACUUACUGCCAAAAGGUACUACAUGUUAUAUAGCCCCGUUAUUCACUCAUCGUGACUGUGAUUCGUAUCCAAAUCCAUUGAAUUUUAACCCAGAGAACUUCAGCCAAGAAAAUAUUUCCAAACGCCAUAAGUAUAGCUUUAUAGCUUUUAGUGGUGGUCCGAGAGGAUGCAUUGGAUCCAAAUAUGCUAUGCUGUCAAUGAAAGUAAUGAUGUCUAUGUUCCUGAGAAAUUACAGCGUACACACAAACUGUAAAUUUAAUGACAUAAAGUUGAAAUUAGAUUUAUUAUUGAGAAGUGCUAAUGGUUAUCCUGUGUUUAUUCAGUCGAGGGAUAGAAGACCAUCAUAUAAAUUAAAUAAAACUUGAAUUUAUAAUA